AUGGCGCGCUCAACGCAAACAAUCGAAACUAAAAGGAUGAUGGGCUCUCGUGGCGGCAUCAAAGGCGGCGUGGCGCUUCACUUUCGGCCUGUUUCACCGAGUACUGACACUGACGUAAAAGAGACUCGAUUAUCGUCAUCAGACGAGGCGUGAGAUGGAGAAUAAAAUCAUAAAGACACCACUCGUUUUUUUGCACACCGAAGAAAAGAAUCUUGUUGUACACACGAGCGUGAAAGAACGCGGAGGAAUAAAGAUUUCGUCGCAUUUAAUAGAUUGCCUAGAAAAUCCGUCCAGGAGGGUCCCGAAGGAGCUGUUAUACGUGUAUACGUAACGAAAUAUUAUCGCACAAUCUCAACUCGGAACUUCUAGUCCAGUGUGUAUAACAUCACCGUUCAGCGGAGAAUCGUGAGUAACGGCAAGUAGUAAUAAAAUUAGAGUGUCAGACGGGAACGGCCGGUAUCGAUCACGAAUCGACUAAUUCUUAUCUCCGAAUGAGACAAAGUAACAUCGAUUUGGUCGAGCUAUUUCGGAGGAUGAAAUUAUUGGAAAUUGUCAGAACUACGAUCCGAUUGAGUGGAGGUAACAGGCUUUUCGACCGGCCUCGCUUCCGAUGAACCGACUACAAAGAUUAAGAAACUGAUUAUUGUGGUUUUUAGUACUAUUCCGGGACAAACGUCAACGAUACCAAUUGGGCCUGCAAUGUUUAUUCAAGAGGCAAACGCCCCUUUUGAAUUUUACUUCCAUAUUCUCUUUAUAGUCACUGUUGGUUUUCGACGUAGACGUAUUAUCAGAAAAUUAACACCUCGCUAACGAGCAAGCAAACAGGUUAGGAGUUUUCUUGGCUCUUUAGUGCGUUCCUGGAAUAUCAUUCACCAGAAACGUAUCGAAUAUUCUCGUACCGAUUCGUCCAAGCGACGACCUCGUGACAAGGCGUGCAUUAUCGGUUGGUACGUAUACGCCCGAUAAGUAUGGUAAAACUCUUCUCAUGACCUCGUUAUUUCGUUCUGUCAAUUCCUAAGCUUUGCCCACUUUCCUACUCCUUGCUGUAAAACAAAAUUCAUAAAUAUCUCGGUUUUUUCCAUUCGAUAUGAAUCACUAUUUUUUUUUUGACGUUUCUAUAAAUGAUUCAUUCGAUACGUAGCCCGUCUGGGCAUGCGGUGUGCAAUUGGCGAGGAGUAAUAACAAUAUGGAAGGAAUUUUCAAUAGCCUCAGUUAUUAUGUUCGCAAGAACUAACAUUCCACUUUUUGCAAUUUGGUUCAAUUCAAUUCACCCAAUUACAUUUGUGUGAAUGCUUCUUUGUUUUCUUGCACUCUGUGGUCACGUAGUAAUUUUUCUAAAACGUCGACGAGUCGUUAGAAUGGCACUAGACCGUACAGAGCCAGCACAUGCACUUUUAGAGCAAUCGUAAAAAAAAAUCGUUGAAUAUUCUCGAAAGUAAAUGAAAAAUGAAGGAGGCUCGAUACGAAAGGUAAAACAGUAGUAAAUAAGCCCCUCUGGCAUUGACCAAUCGAUUCACGUAUGGAGAAAACAAUUUGUCUCGUUCGACUCGUUUUGCCUGACCACUACUUACCUUAUCUUCAGCGUGCCUCGCUACUCUGUAACUGUACGUAUGUACUUUCCUGGUUCGAUCUUUCCUGUACGAUGCACCGUGACGAGUUUGUAGCCAUGGAAGUACAAAUACCGUUAGAGAAUUCACCGAGCUAGCAAGAAGCGUCUACGCCGGAUUGCAAAAAAAAAAAUGAAAAAAUUGGAAAAAAGAGAACACACGCAGCCUCAGGCUGCAGGGCCAGUGACAUUGCUGUAGAGCAAUUUACGGUGGCUCUCCCGCUUCCUCUCUUGUCUUGACGCAACUGAAAAUCAAUAUUUUAUAUCUCACUGACCUUCCACCAGCAAUUUUAUAUCGGGAGCACGCAUUUCGAGCUCAACAUUUUUCGAGGUAAAUCGUCAAACACUAAAUUGUACGAAAAACCCUCCAAAGUGAACUGCACCGAGAAACCAUUUUGUGUCGUCGAUUGCUUUUCGCAUCGAUUCCUGCAUUUCCCGAUUAUUUCUCGCUUCCUCGGGGCUCCUAAAGUUCGAUAAAUUCUUGAUCGCGAUGAAUUUUUUUUGACAUUAAGAAGUGAGCUCUUGACAAUAAGUCGUCUCAAAUCGGCGUAGACACGAAAAAGGCUGAAUUGUGCACAACAUCGAGAAUUUGCUUGACGAAAAGAAAAAUAUAAUUUAUGUAGAUGCGGACAAGUCUUGUCGGACAGGAGGUAUUAAAAAAUGUUGAAAAACGACUAUAAAAAGAGGCGGUAAAAAUGAUAAUGGCGCUUUCCCGGUUGCGGUACUCUUUUGGAGAUGGAUGUACCAGACGUUGCAGGCAGGCUCUUUUACGAUCGUGAGCGAGGUCAGAGAGAAGGAGACGGUGGGUAAAAGACGAGAGAAAGAGUGGGAGAGAGAGGCAUAUAUCCCGGUGCAUGCACCAUUGUGUAGUAUAUUAGUGCAAAGUGUAUACAGUUAUAAAGUACGAGGUGAACUUCAAGCCACAAAUGACACGAGAGUAUCUGCUCUUUCUCGCCAACUUGGUGACUCUGGGGUGAGAGAGAGAGGAAAAGAGAAAAAAACAGCGGGAGGAUCCCGCCCUUACUUUAUACGAAAGAGGCAAUCAGAGGGGUUUUCAGAGGAGAGGAAUUUCGACCGUUAACUCGCGACCUCCAAUAUGAAGCGACAAUCUUCGCGACGCCCACUCGCUUUUCCCCCAAACCCGAAAAAGUCGUGUUCCUCCGUUCCAUUUUCCACAGCAGCUAAACUUUUAAUUUGAGUCAGCGAAUUAAUUUGAAAUUGUCGAAAAGUGGAUCGUAGAGCAAGUUAAGAUUGCAGAUAAUUUGGCAUCUGCGAUCGGCAAGGUGCUAUAUUCGAAAAAAAUUGUGGUGGAAAAAAUAUAAACAAUUCUUGCGGAAGACAAAAAUUAACGAUGAAAAAUGCCUGCGAGAUUGUAAUGUCUAUAUUAUUUGGGGAAAUGUGACGAUAAAAUCGAGUAGAGAUAAAAGAAAGAAGAAUCGUAAAAGGAUAAUGAGUAAGUCUGAAUGGGUGGAGUGUGCUCCUGUCGUGGCCGGGACAGCCAGGUUAAUGCUGGCUCGAUACUCGAUCGCGUGAUAAGUCAAGCGAGUAACGAGGAUCAGUGUCUUUUGUAUCGUUUGGCUAAUUACAAAAAAGGUGGAGAACUGAUCGAAGCAUACACGAAGGGUGGUCAACCGGAAGUGGAGCGUCUUAUGCGUGAACAGUUUGGUAUAUUGAUGUAUGCGGACGGUAAAGGACAAUCGAUUAACAGGGCGGAAUAUUUACGAUGGAAGUACCGGGACAUAGAUUAUGUUGUUUUGCCAAUUGAGGCGUCACUCUCGCGUUUUGAUCCUCUUGCUAAAUGGAGCGAUCACGAAGCCUGUUGGCAAAUGCAAUAUCGUGGCUCGUUAGGGGAAACGCUUCUUCACGUCCUCAUCAUUUGUGACACGAGAAUGCACACGAGAAUAGCUCGAAUUCUCUUGAAGUGUUUCCCAAGACUAGCAAUAGAUGUCGUCGAGGGUGAAGAAUAUUUGGGCGCUGGUGCUCUUCAUCUUGCAAUCGCUUACGCCAACAACGAACUCGUUCAGGAUCUCGUCGAAGCCGGUGCCCUCGUGUCCCAGCGCGCUACCGGAAGCUUCUUUCUACCACGCGAUCAACAACUCCAACGAUCGUCAAGAAAUACCGACUACGAGGGUCUCGCUUAUCUCGGCGAAUAUCCACUCGCUUGGGCUGCCUGUUGCGCCAACGAGAGCGUCUACAAUCUCCUACUUGACUCGGGUGCCGAUCCCGACGAGCAGGACUCUUUCGGCAAUAUGAUCCUUCACAUGGUCGUCGUUUGUGACAAACUUGACAUGUUCGGAUACGCCUUGCGUCAUCCGAAGCUUCCAGCAAGGAAUGGAAUAGCCAACAACGCCGGCCUAACGCCGUUGACACUCGCCUGCCAACUCGGUCGUGCUGAGGUCUUCCGCGAGAUGUUGGAACUGUCUGCUCGGGAAUUUUGGCGUUACAGCAACAUCACAUGCUCUGCUUAUCCCCUUAACGCCCUCGACACGUUACUCCCUGACGGUAGAACGAAUUGGAAUUCCGCUCUAUUCAUCAUAUUGAAUGGAACGAAGGAGGAGCAUCUGGACAUGCUCGACGGUGGAAUAAUUCAACGUUUGCUGGAAGAAAAAUGGAAAACGUUUGCACGCUUGCAGUUUCUCAAGAGGCUUAUAAUUCUGGUUUUUCAUCUGACUUCGCUGUCACUGGCCGUUUAUUUACGGCCAGCCAAUGUCGAGGCCGACAUGCUCGCAUGGCCCGAAGAACUCGUCGACGUUGGCCGUACAAUCGCCGAAUCUGUUACGGUCAUAGGUGUCCUCAGUUACAUUCUUAUCCAGCUCGGUGGUGAAGUCGUCAAUAUCGGUCUCAUCUCAUUUCUCAAACAGUUGAGUCACGAGCCAGCCAAAUUCAUAUUUCUCCUCAGCAAUAUUCUCAUUCUCGCUUGUAUACCGUACCGUCUCGUCGGCGACCGUCAUUCGGAAGAUGCUAUUCUCGUCAUAGCCGUACCAGGAUCGUGGUUUCUGCUCAUGUUCUUUGCUGGAGCGGUACGACUGACCGGACCGUUCGUCACGAUGGUCUACAGUAUGAUAACCGGUGACAUGCUGACCUUUGGCAUCAUAUACAUGGUCGUACUCUUCGGCUUCUCACAAUCCUUCUACUUCCUUUACAAAGGCUUUCCCGGUGUAAAAUCAUCACUUUAUAGCUCUUAUCACUCAACCUGGAUGGCUCUAUUCCAGAUCACACUCGGCGAUUACAGUUACUCGGAUUUGAGCUACACGACUUAUCCGAAUUUGAGCAAAACUGUAUUUGCCAUUUUCAUGGUACUCGUGCCAAUUUUGUUGCUGAACAUGCUUAUCGCCAUGAUGGGAAACACCUACGCUCAUGUCAUUGAACAGAGCGAGAAGGAAUGGAUGAAACAGUGGGCAAAAAUCGUUGUUUCCCUUGAACGAGCAGUGUCUCAACAAGACGCCCACAAUUAUCUUCAAGAGUACAGUAUUAAGCUUGGUCCAGGCGACGAUCCGAACAAUCCAGCCUCGGAACAACGAGGCGUAAUGGUCAUCAAAAGCAAAUCAAAAACUCGGGCCCGGCAACGAAAGGGAGCAGUUGCCAAUUGGAAGCGCGUGGGUAAGGUCACGAUAAAUGAGUUGAGAAAACGAGGAAUGACCGGUGAAGAAUUACGAUGUAUAAUGUGGGGUCGUGCCUCAUUCUCAACCCCCGUGAGAGCCAGUCCAAACAUCGGUGAACUGGAAAUGGGAGCGUCGAGCGGAGUCGCCGGAGGUUUCGGUGACGCCCUGACCGCGGCUCUAGACGUCAUGGUCUUUGCCCACGACAUCGACCUGACCACGGUGACCGAGAGAAUACCAACUACGGACUCGGCCGCCAAAGCAGCGAAGUCACAGCAGCACCAAUAUGACCAGACCAAAGUGCCUUCUACCACUCUUAUCCAACCACCAGCACCAAAAUCUUCCUCGACCUGCUUACAAACGACUCCUUCCGAAAAUCACGACUUGGCUCGAGCCAACGUAUCCCGAUUGACGCAGGACGAAAAGACGAGAUGCCAAGUGUACGAAACCAGUGGGAAUCUCAUCAAUGAAAAGAGUCAGGAGCCACAGCAGCAGAUGUGGAAGAAAAGCGACAUCGAAGAUGGUAGCUGUAAGAGAAUGAACGGUCAAGUUGAGCCAAAUCAGGUACUAUCGUCCAUCGACGGAGCAGGAUCGUCGAGCAAGAGGCAAACCGAGAUCGAGAAUCCGGAUCCUUUAUUGGAUCUCGUAAUCGCAUCUGAGAGCCCGAGUUCUCAACAGGCGACCCUCCUUAAAAUGGCUGCCGAAGCAGCUAGAAUAUCCUACGAAGCAGUAACCACUUCUAAAACCUCAACUAUUGCCGCAAACAUGACGCUCCAGGAUUCCCACAUUCUCGAGAAAUUAACUGGCCUCGGUGCGGUCAUACCCGACUCCAUGCUACCCACCCCUAAUCCACUAAUUACCCCGGCCAAAAAAGAGAAAAUAUAUUUCGUCGAGUUCAGCGACAUCGAACCGUGUGCCAAUGACAAUUAUUUGGGACUCGAAGCAAGACUUGGAAGGUUUCGUUCGGCAAGUACGAGGCUCUCAGCAGCGGCGAGUAAGAAAAGAUCGAGACAGUCGAACAACGCGAUGAGCAGGUCUGAUCAAGAAACGACAUCGACGACGUCAACGUCCAGCGACGAAAUCGAGAAUAAUCCUAAUCGUCCAUCGACGAAGAACGGAGGUGACGUUGAAUCGACGAAAAAGGUGAAUCUCGUAGAAGAAUCCUCGAAGCUGUUGGACGAAGAAUCGAAGAAGGAAUCAACGAAGAAAAACGGUUCAGAAACGAGCGUCGUCCUCGCUAGAGAAAAUGGAUGCAACGAGAGGAUCAAUAAAAAUCACAAACGGCGACCUAAAACUGCGAAAAACAGAGUAUCACCGAAGGAAUCGAACGAAUGGACGGAACGUAAGAAGCGUGACGCUUCGGUCGACGGGAGAUCAGGGAGCAGACGGAGCGAUAAGGCAGCGAAGGUGGAGGAGGAGGAGAAGGAGGGGAAUGAUUCACCAACGAGUGAUCCACUAGAGCCAUGGAGUACGCGAGACAUCAAGGACAUGAACGCCAUAUUGCCUUGGCGUGAAAACGGACUGGACAGCCCUUGAUUCAUCUUGAUGAAAUUUGACGUAAUCUCAGCAGCGGGUUUCUGGUAUGAAGCGCGUUAUGGCGUUUGGCAGCCGGAUCGGAUGAAAGAAAGGGAUGAAAUAGAGAAAAGAGGUAGAAGCGACUUCCGGCUGUCUAUCUUGGCCCAUCACGAGUGAGAGGGAAGCGCAGUUAUGAAGGGUUGUUGUCGCUCUUUAGAAAAAGGGGAGAAACGUGCAAAGUCAAGGCGUAGAAAGGAUAACGGGUAACUCGAGAAAUAUCCAAAGCCUGCGAGAGAAGCAAACAUUGCUGAGACAUUUAUGAGAGAUUAAGGGAUGGAAAGAAAAGGACAAAAUAUGAGGAGAAUGAAGGUGGAAAGUGAGGAGAGGAGGAAAAUUAUUGAGAUAUAAUGGUGGAGGUAGGAUGACGAAGAGUUGGAAGAUGAAGAGAGGAUGAGCUCACGUUACUAAGCCUGUGCACGCUCGUUGACAAUUCCGUCGUUCCUCCGGAAGCCGGAAAAGACUUUGGGAGAAUCAAGUCGACGACCCGAUGGCAUAAUACACAAAAUGCCUCCUAAACACUUCAGGAUCACACACAGCCAACGGGCAUUUUCAAGCGAAACACGCCACGUUUAUAAUCAUGUUUACAUGUAGAAAACGCAAACUUGUAAACAAAAAUGACUUUGCAUGUAGAUGAAAGAUUAUCAGAUCGAGCGAAAGCAUUUCCAAAACAACGAAAAGAAAUAUUUUUCCGUAUGCAGUAGCGACUUCAGGCGAAAUCAUUCAUGCGAGUGCGUCACUACGAGUCAUUUUUAUCGGAAGCACCAUCACUUUUCUUGUUUUCGAUCAUUAUUUUUCAAAUACUUAUCACGAGCCAGCAAUUUCGACGAUUAUUCAGGUUCGCAUAUUUUUUCACUUUUUCCCCUUCUCCCCUUUUCUCCUUCGGUCACGACUAACUAGAACCUCGUAGUUCAAACCGUACCGAGAAUAUGAAUUUUUUGGGUACCCAUUGCGCCGGAUAAUUCAACGCUUUUCCGCCUACGUGUUCCAUGCUCCAAUAUUAAUUAGCAGCUUCCUAUCAAUGAUUUAAAUGCUAUUGAUACAAGCCUUGGAAUCAAAUAUUUCCUGGAGGCAGAGACUAAUUGGCGAUGAAAAACAUCCAUCAUCGCUUGCCAAAUGAUUUCUUUUUUAAUGCGAAAAACUGAUGAAAUUUCAAAUUCUCCGAUGCUGAAACGAAGAAGCUCCCUUUGAGAUGGAAACGCCUGUAUGUACCUAGGAAAAUGGCUAUAAUCGGACAAAGAGAAGGAUUUUCAGAGGAACGAAAGGCCAGAGGCUGCGAUAUCGUGGAUAUGAGACCGCAUGUACAUGCACAUGUAUACGUUCCGUUUAUAUCCGAAAAACCUUCGAGUCAGCGAUAAGCGAGUGUGAACAAUAAACGAGUUUGGGAAUCGUUUGUGGGAGGCGAAUAAAGAGCAAUGGACCAAACUUGAGUUUCGACGAGAAUGGCCAGGGUAUACAAACCUCAUUCGCGAUGCCGAGUGCUUUCAAAAAAGUAAAAAAAAAAUUAUAGUGAAAAAAGCACUGAAAAAGAGGGCCGAACAAGAAUCUUUUUCCGUUUCUUGAUCUCUCCCGAUCUUUCGUGCGCAUUCCUUUUUCCAUCUCCGGUGCCUGCUACGUUUUCAUACUUAAUGUUAAAUUGGCAGUUGACCGAUAUUGAUAAUAUUCAAGAAAAACAUUGAAUAAAAACAAUUGCUAUGAAUAUUCGGAGUUUUACACUUUUUCAAUUCUGGAUCAAGCAUUUCAAGUAAUUAAGUUUGUUGUCCUUUUUUUUCUUAUUCGGUGCAAGGGUGGCAUUGUUUUUGCACGCAGAGGGCAACCGAAGAAACGAAGAUAUAGAAAAAUAUCAAGUAGUUUCAUAUAGUAAUAAAAUCGAAGAAGCGAAAGAAAAUUCUUAUGGCAAAAGAGUCACUUUGGACAAAGAAACGGUCAAACUUUUUCAAUUAUCCUACAAUUUUUGAAAUUAUAAGUGGAACAAGAAAAUAGCAUAUUUACAAGAGCGUCAAAUGUAAUUUUAUUACGAGAAUCUGAAAAAAGAAAAAUAAAGAAAAGACUUCAACGUUAGUUUUUCGUUCUUUUCAAUUACGAAAAUGUAAAUUCUUCAACGAGAUUGCGAA